AUGUUAAGGGAACGUGAUGAGAUGUUGAAGCAAGCAAAGGAACAUUUACUGAAAACACAGGCAGCUAUGAAGAAUAGUGCAGACAAGCACAGGCGUGACUUGCAGUUUUCUGUGGGUUCUUCAGUUUUCCUUAAGCUCCGACCCUAUCAACAGAAGACGUUGGCUAAGACAUUUUGUCAGAAGCUUUCGGCAAAAUAUUAUGGGCCUUUUACGGUAUUGGAACGCAUAGGAGCAGUGGCUUAUCGCUUGCAAUUACCUGCAGACUGUAAGAUUCACCCGGUAUUUCAUGUUUCCCAAUUGAAACCGGUGUUGGGAAAGGAUCAUACGGUGACUACACUACCAGUGUCUUUCUCAGAGAAUGAUGAAGUUAUCUUACAGCCUGAGAAGAUAACAAGUUUGCGCUAUGAUUCAGAGGGACAUUUGGAAGCAUUGAUUCAAUGGAAAGGUUUGCCAGAGCAUGAAUCUUCGUGGUUACGUGUACGGGAUGUGCAUAGAGAUUUUCCAGAGUUCGAGCUUGAGGACAAGCUCAGUCUUAUUGUGGGGGGGGGGGACGUAUUGAUAAGCCAUGGAGAGUCUAUUAUCGUAAGAAGAAGCAUGAAGAGAAAAGUAUUCAAGCAGGAAAGAACGUCACAGCUGACGUGGACAAUAUGGAGUCAGAUCAAUAACGGUUAUGGGUUGUUACAGGCAGUUACAGACGUUAGAUAA